AGCCCAGCCUUCUGCUUGCCAGCCCUCUCGGCAAGGGAGGACUCCGUUAGCUUGAGAGGACUUGAGUAGAAUUUUAGGGAAGAAGUCCAGGUAUCACCGGCAGUGUUGUGUGUUUUGAGAAAAAAAAUGUCUUACCAGGAUCUGUUUUAGAGAGACACCUCAACAUGAAAAUGGCUCGGAUAACCAGAGGAUUCCUUGAGGUGAGUGGGCGGUCAGGUGAAGAUGACUGCCAACAAGAGCACCAAGGCCGCACCCAGAACAGGAGUGGGUAAGGAGGCCCAGGAGAUCCCCGACAGGUGCCAGUCCGUUUCCCCUCCGCCCCUCCUCUCGUCCGGCAAGGGCUCGUGCCGCGCCUCCCUCAACGACGGCGAGGACUCGGCGCCGCUGUCCCGGUACGCCAGGGGCAACUGCAAGCACCUGAGCCUGCGCAACUGGCGCGAGAAGAAGAGCGCCAGCCUGCGCCCGGGCCUCUCGCUCUCCGCCGACUUCGAGUCCCAGAGCCGCCUCAUCAAGGCCAGGAGCAUCAGCUGCCUGGACAAGCGGCUGUCCAUCUUCAAGCCCACCCCGCCGGGAGACGACGCACGCAGCCAGGAGCAGAAAGAGAACCAGCAGGAGCAGCCGCAGGAGCAGGAGGCUGACCAGUCCAGGGAGGGUCUGACCGCGGGGCCUCUGAGCUGGAGCACGCUCUCGCUGGGGCCCAGCUCGUCCAGCUCCUUCUCGGCGGCGGCGGCGGCCAACAACGGCCACAAGCGCACCCUCUCGCUCAGCCGCACCGGCGCCGGCCCCUGCUCCGCCACCAUCCGCAAGAAGAUCUCGGAAUGGGAGUGCCGGCGCGUGUCUCUUCCUAGGAUGAGCCUGUGCCUGGACAAGAGGCCCGGCGGCGGUGGGGACGGUCUCCCCCCGUCGCCCUGCAGCGAGAAGAGCUUCGACUUCAAGGGCGGCCGCAGGAUGAGCACGGCCUUCUCCGAGUGCUCCUACCCCGAGACGGAGGAGGACGAGGCGCUAGCGUCCGACAGGGAGUCCGUGGGACGCUUCCAGAAGAAGUCGGCCAAGACCGAAGGGUCCGCCGUCUUCCUGCGCUCCUUGACGGCGCGCAAGGAGACCUCGGCCGUCCUCAACCGGAUACAGAAGAUCGAGCAGGCGCUGAAGGACAGUCCCACGCCGUCUCCGCCCCAGUAUCUCAGCAACUCCUACGGCCUGGACAAGGGCCGGCACAAGGCGUUCACCAUCGGCGGGCUGGAGGACCUGGACAGCGCCUGCGGCAGCAAGCGGAGCAGCAUCUGCUCCAUCGCCACCGAGCCGGACCUGGCGCCGGCGUCCGACCGGCUCUCCAAGCUCCGGCAGCGCUUCAGCAUGUGCUCGGCCCGCUCCGAGAGCCCCGAGCCUCCGGCGGCCAGUCCCGGCGGCACGCCGGUCAACCCUCUGCCCAAACCCAGACGCACCUUCGAGUACGACGCCAACCGCAACCAUAAGGGCGCGACCCCCAGCAACGGACUACCUCCCACGUGCGAGUCGCCACCACCGCUGCCCUCCACCCCUGCCCCCUCCCUCUCACGCAACCCCAAGACUGACCGAGGCUCCUCUAAGAAGACCCAGGACAGGGAGUCGUGCGAGUCCGAGGACGCCGCCAGCCUGCCCUCCUCCUACCCGUCCUCGCCCACCGAGAACGGCACGGCCUCCACGGGCACGCCCACGCGCACCAGCUCCAAGAGCCCGCAGGAGGAAAACGCCUACGAGGACAUAGUGGAGUCGAUGCGGGAGAACCCUUACGAGGACGUGGACCUGAAGGGACGGCUUUUGGGUCGAAAGUCUCGAGGGUCACUGAACCAUUUAUGGUCCUCCCAGGAUCGGAAGCUGAACUCUCCUCCUCAGCUGCCCUCUAAACCGAGCAGUCAGUCGCUGCGGCUGCCCGGGCCCACGGACAGGAAGAGCCACCGGACGUCCCGACUGGCCAAGCGGCACAGCCACGAUGACGCGCUGCUCCUGCCGCAGUUGAGCGUGUCGACCUCCUCCUGCGGCCUGCUCGACGACACCCUGAGCACCACCAGCGACACGCUGGCCUCUCGCCGACACAGGAGGGUCCCCAAGUUGGUCCAGAGGAUCAACUCCAUCUACUCGACCAAGAGAGGGAAGAAGCGUCUCAAGAAGCUCACCCUGUCCAACAUUGAAACUUCAUCUCUGAGAGAUGACAAUAGUGAGAGUGAGAGCGACUCUGACGACAGAUUCAAAGCACACACACAGAGGCUUCUGAAGCUCCAGUCCAUGCUGCGGCGGGCUCCCAGCUAUCGCACCCUGGAGCUGCAGCUCUUGGAGUGGCAGGAGCGGGAGCUGUUUGAGUACUUUGUGGUGGUCUCCCUCAAGAAGAAGCCCACCAAGAACUCCUACACCCCCGAGGUCACCUACCAGUUCCCCAAGUUAGAGAGGCCCACCAAGCAGAUGCGGGAGGCUGAGCAGAGGCUCAAAGCCAUCCCUCAGUUCUGCUUCCCAGAUGCCAAAGACUGGACCCCUGUGGCCGAAUACAGCAGUGAGACCUUCUCCUUCAUGCUCACUGGAGAGGAUGGCAGCAGGCGGUUCGGCUACUGCAGGCGUCUCUUGCCGAGCGGAAAGGGGCCUCGCCUGCCAGAGGUCUACUGCGUCAUCAGCAGGCUGGGCUGUUUCGACCUGUUCUCCAAGAUCCUGGACGAGGUGGAGCGGCGGAGGGGCAUCUCGGCCGCCCUGGUCUACCCCUUCAUGAGGAGCCUGAUGGAGUCGCCCUUCCCCGCGCCCGGAAAGACCAUCAAGGUCAAGACCUUCCUGCCUGGAGCAGGAAAUGAGGUGAUUGAGUUGCGGCGGCCGAUGGACUCUCGUCUGGAGCACGUGGACUUUGACAGCCUGUUCAGCUGCCUGAGCGCGAGGCAGGUGGUGCGCGUCUUCGCCUCCCUGCUGCUGGAGCGCAGGGUCAUCUUUGUGGCCGAAAAACUCAGCACCUUGUCCAGCUGUGUGCACGCGGUGGUGGCGCUCCUGUACCCGUUCUCCUGGCAGCACACCUUCAUCCCCGUGCUGCCCGCCUCCAUGGUGGACAUCGUCUGCUGCCCGACGCCCUUCCUGGUCGGCCUCCUCUCCAGCUCCCUGCCCAAGCUCAAGGAUCUGCCCGUGGAAGAGGCUCUCAUGGUGGAUCUGGGGACAGACCGUUUCAUCAAACAGAUGGACGACGAAGCCUCACUUUUACCGAGAAAACUGCAAGCUGCCCUCGAACAAGCUCUGGAACAAAGGAAUGACAUCAUCAAUCAGGACUCUGACAGCGAAUCAGAUGAAGAGUGCAACACUCUGAACAGCCUGGUGUCCGAGGCCUUCAUCCGCUUCUUCCUGGAGGCCAUCGGCCAUUACUCUCUGUUCAUGACCCAGGGCGAGCGGGGCGAGCGCGCCUUCCAGCGCGAGGCCUUCCGCAAGUCGGUGGCCUCCAAGAGCAUCCGCCGUUUCCUGGGCGUCUUCAUGGAGUCCCAGAUGUUUGCUGGCUUCAUCCAAGACCGAGAGUUGAGAAAGAGUCGGGCGAAAGGUCUGUUUGAGCAAAGAGUGGAGCAGUACUUGGAAGAGUUACCAGACACAGAACAGAGUGGAGUAAAUAAGUUCCUGAAAGGAUUAGGGAACAAAAUGAAGUUCCUCCAUAAAAAGAACUGAGGGAGUCAUUUGCUGAAACCAAAGAAACAAAGCUUCAAUCCUGCUUUUGAAGAACUGAAGGACAUCAAACAGACUGCUGCAGAAACAGACUUUAUCGAACGUUCUUUGCUGCAGGAAUUCAUUACUUCUAUCUGGGCAAUUUUGAUGGACUAUAUCAUUGUACCAGAAGGAAUGCCACCAUGGGGCCAAUGAAUUACUUGACAAUAGAAACUGUAAAUUCACUGAUAAGCCUACUUUGCAUGGUCGAUGCCAGCAGUUUCCCCCUUUGAGUUUACUUUCUGUGUCUAAUCUGAUCUGAAUGAAAAGAAUGUCAAACAAAAAGUACAGUAUGCGCAUUUGACCAUUGUACAUAUUUCACUGUAAAUUGGCUGUGAUGAUCUCUGUGUAGUGCGUUAUAUUUAGGUACCAUGUUUAUGAACUAGUGUUUCAGUAGGAUGGUACUGAGCAACUGUGCAUUUUCGUGUCUGAAUAACCACUGACGGUGAGUUUGAUAUGUGCGUGUGUGUACUGUAUGUGCGUGUGUGUGUGGAGAGAUGUGUGUAGAGCAGAUGUACAGAUGUCGAGAUUAGUUUUGUAUUUAACGUUAGGGUUAACCUUUCAUGGAAAGAAAAUGUUGAAAGAGGAUGCAUCUUUAGAGGUUUUUGUACAUGCAUUAACAUAUGAAGAAAAUUAUUGCUCAAGCCUUUCAAUGCUUUGUCAAAGUCAAAUGUUUUAAAAUAAAGCUUUUGAAUUAAAA